AUCUUUCCUCCUCAACAUAUGCUCGUUCAAAGCAACAAUACUUUCUUUGAGAGCAGCAUAUGUCAACAAAUAUAUAUCACAACCUGAGCAAGAAUCUUGAAACUUGCCUUCUCCUCACAUUUUAUUAUACGUUAUUUCGGUUUUUCUAAUUAAUUAGAGAGGUUGGUUACAAUAAGAAAAUAUUGUUUAUAACGAUUGACAGGGAAGAGACAGUGCUCCGGGAAACAAGCCACAGCCGCUUCAAGUAGGGGAAUUUUUAUAAGAAUGAAGCCAUGCAUGACGGCUCUGAGACAAGCGAUUCCACCAUUGUUGAACUUCAACGAGAUAUCCACCGGUCUAAACAUGGUCGACGUUCCCUUUUUCCGGCGUAAAGACAAGGUGGUUUUCGUCAUGGGAGCCACCGGAACCGGUAAAUCCCGUCUGGCCAUCGACCUUGCCACUCGUUUUCCGGCGGAGAUUGUAAACUCCGACAAGAUCCAAGUCUACAAAGGUCUUGACAUAGUGACAAACAAAGUCACUCCGGAUGAAAGCCAAGGCGUCCCUCACCACCUCCUUGGCACCGUGGAAAACACUCACGACGAUUUCACGGCGGAGGAUUUUCAGCGGGAAGCAAUCAGAGCCGUUAAAUCAAUCGUGGAGAGAGACCGUGUACCGAUCAUAGCCGGCGGUUCUAAUUCUUACAUAGAGGCUUUGGUCAACAACUGCGUUGACUUCCGGUUAAGGUACAAUUGUUGCUUCUUGUGGGUUGAUGUCGAUAAACCGGUUUUACACUCGUUUGUCUCGGAGCGAGUUGAUAAAAUGGUUGAGAUGGGACUCGUCGACGAGGUUCGCCGCAUCUUCGAUCCCUCGUCCUCGGAUUACUCCUCCGGAAUCCGUAAAGCGAUCGGAUUUCCUGAGCUAGACGAGUUUCUCCGAGCAGAGCUGCUAAAUUAUCCGGCGCAGACAACGGAGAAGCUUCUUGAGACGGCGAUCAAGAAAAUAAAGGAUAGCAAUUGUACGCUUGCGUCUCGCCAGUAUCAGAAGAUUCAGAGGCUUUACAAGCAGUGGAAGUGGAAUAUGCACCGCCUAGACGCGACGGAGGUUUUUCUCUGGCGAGGAGAAGAAGCUGACGAUGCUUGGGAGAACAUGGUGGCUCGCCCUAGCGCACUCGCCGUCGACCGGUUCCUUAAUUACAGCGAAGAUCACCAUUUAGACGGUGCUGAUAUUCUCUUACCGAAUAUCUCCGUCGUUCCGCCGCUUCUAGCUGCCGUGGUAGCGAUUUCGCGGUAAAAAAGAACAUAACAAGAGAUGAACAAUGUAUAUGAUGGAAAGAAAAGAGAGGGAAGUUCAAGAAAUAAAGAGACCAUAAUGAUGCCACGUGGCUAUAUUGGUCGAAAAGAGCUAUGCUAAUGCCACGUGGCAGUAUGGGUCUCUCUCAGAGAAGAUGACCUUUAUGUUACUUAGAAGUGUGUUGCGGUUAACAGAAUCAGUUUUGAGUGGAUGCUGACAGGUUUCCCUUUUGUUCCGGUAUGGUACUUAGCCAGGAAGCGGUGCGGUUUAGUGUACGGUUAUACGGUGCAUUAGGUUAGAUUUAUCAGUUAAGACAACCAGAGGUCGUUGGUCAACGCGGUUUUGUUGGACAUAGACCCCACUUUUUGACGGCGGGUUGCCGUCCUAUAUAUGUUGGGUCUUCUCAGAUGUCGUUGUGAAGUGACUAUUAUUAUUAGUAGUUUAUAAAGGAUCUCUGGUUUGAAGUGAUUAUUGUUAGUAGUUUAUAAUAAUUCUGGCGGGUUGGUGGUGAAAUUCAUGCCGGAUAAGACGUAUGUAAAUUUCUAAUUGCGAUUAUGUUAACAAAUUAU